AUGGUCCGUCUCAAGAGCCGCUACCUCCUCGUGGACAUCCUCUACCCAGACCCAUCAACCUGGCCCGCAGCUCCAAUUUCAAAGCCUCACAACCCCCAACUAGCAAUCCACUCCCCAACCUCCGACGCACUCACCCCAGGCUUCCUAGCCAAGAUGAUCCGCGAGUCCGUGGCAGAGCUAUACGGCGAUUGGGGCAUUGGAAAGCUAGGCGGUGCAUCAGCAGGCGGAAUAACCAUCAAAUACCUUUCGCCCGCUACUUCCACUGCGAUAGUCAAAUGCCCUCGCGCAGCCUUCCGCCUCGUCUGGUCUGCGCUCACUUAUAUGUCCGGCGUGCCGGAACCUGCCAGUGGCUUGAAACGCUCGGGGACUGGCCGCGAGCGCGGGUGUGUGUUCCGAGUGAUUCGGGUGUCUGGGACUAUGCGCAAAGCGGAGGAGGAGGCUAUUCGGCGCGCGAGGAGGGAGAUUGUUAGGGUUAAGGAUGCGGAGGAGAGGGGGGUUCUUGAGGGAUUGGUUGGGGGUUCUGCUGUUGUUGAAUCUGUUAUGGAUGAGAGUGAGGAUGAGAGGAUGGGUGAUGAUUGA